AUGGACGGACACGAACACUUGCAGAAUCCUCCUCCUCACCACCAUCACCAUCAUCAUCAUCAUCACAACUUCUCUCUGUGCUUCUGUGACUUAAUGAGGUACUGUCUUCAUUUAGGUCCUCAGAUGAGAGGGUUAAAUCACGUGACGAACACACCAGCUCCUAGAGCUAACGUUAGCUUAGCCGUUCUGGACUCCCUGAGUCCCUGUUCAGGUCUCUCCUGUCUCUCCUCAGGUUGUUGUGGUCUCUGGUGGUCCCCUGCGUCUACCUCAGCCUGGUCCUGACCCUGGUCCUGCUGCUGCUCCUGUUGGGGGUCCGCACGUGGCUGCAGGGCCGCCGGAAGGCCCGCCGGGAGGAGGACGGGGGCCCCGCGGUGGGGUUCUUCCAUCCGUACUGCAACGCUGGAGGAGGGGGGGAGAGGGUCCUGUGGUGCUCCCUGAGGGCCCUCAUGAACAGGUCAGAAUCUAUGUCUCUAUAUCUAUAGUUGAAGUGGUCGAGGGUGGAGCAGAAUCUAUGUCUCUAUAUCUACAGUUGAAGUGGUGGAGGGUGGAGCAGAAUCUUUGUCUCUAUAUCUAUAGUUGAAGUGGUCGAGGGUGGUGUAGAAUCUAUGUCUCAAUAUCUAUAGUUGGAGUGGUGGAGGGUGGAGCAGAAUCUAUGUCUCUAUAUCUACAGUUGAAGUGGUGGAGGGUGGAGUAGAAUCUAUGUCUCUAUAUCUAUAGUUGAAGUGGUGGAGGGUGGAGUAGAAUCUAUGUCUCUAUAUCUAUAGUUGAAGUGGUGGAGCAGAAUCUAUGUCUCUAUAUCUAUAGUUGAAGUGGUGGAGGGUGGAGUAGAAUCUAUGUCUCUAUAUCUAUAGUUGAAGUGGUGGAGGGUGGAGCAGAAUCUAUGUCUCUAUAUCUACAGUUGAAGUGGUGGAGCAGAAUCUAUGUCUCUAUAUCUAUGGUUGAAGUGGUGGAGCAGAAUCUAUGUCUCUAUAUCUAUAGUUGGAGUGGUGGAGGGUGGAGCAGAAUCUAUGUCUCUAUAUCUGUAGUUGGAGUGGUCGAGGGUGGAGCAGAAUCUAUGUCUCUAUAUCUACAGUUGAAGUGGUGGAGGGUGGUGCAGAAUCUAUGUCUCUAUAUCUAUAGUUGGGGUGGUGGAGGGUGGAGCAGAAUCUAUGUCUCUAUAUCUACAGUUGAAGUGGUGGAGGGUGGUGCAGAAUCUAUGUCUCUAUAUCUAUAGUUGGGGUGGUGGAGGGUGGAGCAGAAUCUAUGUCUCUAUAUCUACAGUUGAAGUGGUGGAGGGUGGUGCAGAAUCUAUGUCUCUAUAUCUAUAGUUGGGGUGGUGGAGGGUGGAGCAGAAUCUAUGUCUCUAUAUCUAUAGUUGGAGUGGUGGAGGGUGGAGCAGAAUCUAUGUCUCUAUAUCUAUAGUUGGAGUGGUGGAGGGUGGAGCAGGUGGAGCGACGAAUAAUGACAGUGAGUGUCGUGUGUCCCGCCCCUCUUCAGGUACCCCGGGUUCUCCUUCGUGGUCUACACGGGGGAUCAGGGGGUGACGGGGGAGCAGAUCCUGGAGGGGGCCCGACAGCGGUUCAACAUCACGCUGCCCCGAGCCGUCACCUUCGUCUUCCUGCGUCACCGCGCGCUGGUGGAGGCGGGGUCUUACCCUCACUUCACCCUGCUGGGUCAGAGCGCCGGGUCCAUGUUUCUGGGUAAGACCAGGAGAGAUCUGGGUCAUAGAAAAACCGUCUCAGUCCAAGUCCAGAUCUUCAUGUCCUGUGCGUGUGUGUGUGUGUGUGUUCAGGGUGGGAGGCGCUGACCUCCUUCGUCCCGGACCUGUACGUGGACUCCAUGGGGUACGCCUUCACUCUGCCCAUCUUCAGGUACCUGGGGGGCUGUAAGGUGGCGAGCUACGUCCACUACCCGACCGUCAGCACCGACAUGCUGUCUGUGGUCCGAGAGAGGAACCCCAGGUAACACACACACACACACACACACACACACACACACACACACACACACACACACACACACACACACACACACACACGAUGGUGUCCUGAGCAGCGACCCCCUAAAAAGUUUUUUCUCUCUGAUUCCAGAUUCAACAACGCCGACUUCAUCUCCAGGAACCCGGUUCUGAGCGCUCUGAAGGUGGUGUACUACUGCUGCUUCGCCCUGCUCUACGGGCUCGCCGGCUCCUGCAGUGAUGUCAUCAUGGUCAACUCCACCUGGACGCUUGGACACAUCCUGGCCCUGUGGCGCUCCCCGAGCCGCACCAGCAUCGUGUACCCGCCCUGUGACGUCAGAGCCUUCCUGGACGUCCCAUUGGAGGAGGAGCAGGAGGAGGACGAGGUGGAGGAAGGGUGGGAGGAGCUAGGGCGGGAGCUGGGGAGUGGAGAGGAAGAGGAGGAGCGAGGAGGAGGAGGAGGAGGGGAGAAGAAGAGCGCCUCCAUCGUGUCUGUGGGUCAGUUCAGACCGGAGAAGGAUCACCGUCUGCAGAUUCGGGCGUUUUCUAAACUGCUGGACAGGAAGGGGGAGGGGCCUGGGGGGCGGGAGUCUCUGCGGCUGGUGCUGAUUGGCGGAUGCAGGAACCAGGAGGACGAGGAGCGCGUGCUGAUGCUGCGAGGACUCUGCGAGGAGCUUGGCGUGUCGGACCGCGUCGACUUCAAACUCAACAUCCCCUUUGAGGAGCUGAAGAGGGAGCUGGUCGACGCCGCCAUCGGUCUGCACACCAUGUGGAACGAACACUUCGGCAUCGGUGAGGACGCGCACGCACACACACACAUGCACGCACACGCACUCACUCACACACACACACACAGUGUCAGUCAGGCUCCUCUGAAGAGUCAGGAGGCGGUUCUUGAACGGUUCCUCUCGUCUCUCCUCAGGUGUGGUGGAGUGUAUGGCGGCAGGAACCGUCGUCCUCGCUCACAAAUCCGGCGGUCCAAAGCUGGACAUCGUGGUCCCGUUUGAAGGCGGACAGACCGGCUUCCUGGCCGACAGCGAGGACAGUUACGCCGCCGCCAUGGAAACCAUCCUGGCUCUGUCUCCGUCGGCCAGACUGGAGAUCCGACAGAACGCCCGGCGCUCCGUGGAGAGAUUCUCCGACCAGGAGUUCGAGGUGAGUUUCCUGUCCGCCACCGAGGAUCUGAUGAGGAGACUGGAGCGGUGA